UACGGCAAGAGAGAGAAGGGGAAGCCGGAAGGGGCGCGAGUGAAGCCAGGGGGAGAAGACAGCUCCCGAGAAGGCGAGGGGUGCGCGUGCGCCCGCCUCUCCUAACUCCCCCCUUGUCCCCGCCGCCCUCCCUCGCGGCCAGGUGACACCUUGGCCCGGUCCGCCGCGAACUGCCUGGGUGGCGAGCAGCGCGCGCCCUGCCCUCGCGAUUGGCGCCGGCCGCCCCUCCCCCUCGUCCGGUCCGUCCCGUCGCGUCCCGUCGCGUCCCGUCCCCUUGGGUGCCGCCGGCCGGGUGCUGAUGCGCGUCGGCGGCAGCGGGGAUUUUUUCUGACUCCCGUCCCUUCCCCGGCUGCCCUUGCCGCCCCGUCGCGGGGCCGGCCGCUUCUCCGGCCCCAGGAUGCAGAACGUGAUUAACACGGUGAAGGGAAAAGCACUGGAAGUGGCUGAGUACCUGACCCCGGUCCUCAAGGAAUCAAAGUUUAAGGAAACAGGUGUUAUCACCCCAGAAGAGUUUGUGGCAGCUGGAGAUCACUUAGUCCACCACUGUCCAACAUGGCAAUGGGCUACAGGGGAAGAAUUGAAAGUGAAGGCAUACCUACCAACAGGCAAACAAUUUUUGGUCACCAAAAAUGUGCCAUGCUACAAGCGGUGCAAACAGAUGGAAUAUUCAGAUGAAUUGGAAGCUAUCAUUGAAGAAGAUGAUGGUGAUGGGGGAUGGGUAGAUACUUAUCAUAACACAGGUAUUGCAGGAAUAACUGAAGCAGUUAAGGAGAUUACAUUGGAAAGCAAGGACAGUAUAAAACUUCAAGAUUGCUCAGCAAUAUGUGAGGAGGAGGAAGAAGAAGACGAAGGAGAAGCUGCAGAUAUGGAAGAAUAUGAAGAAAGUGGAUUGUUGGAAACAGAUGAGGCUACCCUAGACACAAGGAAAAUAGUAGAAGCUUGUAAAGCUAAGACUGAUGCUGGAGGUGAAGAUGCUAUUUUGCAAACAAGAACUUAUGACCUUUAUAUCACUUAUGAUAAAUAUUACCAGACACCACGACUAUGGUUGUUCGGCUAUGAUGAGCAAAGACAGCCUUUAACAGUUGAACACAUGUAUGAAGACAUCAGUCAAGAUCAUGUGAAGAAAACAGUGACCAUUGAAAAUCACCCUCAUCUCCCACCACCUCCUAUGUGUUCAGUUCACCCCUGCAGGCAUGCUGAGGUGAUGAAGAAAAUCAUUGAGACUGUUGCAGAAGGAGGGGGAGAACUUGGUGUUCAUAUAUCUGCCCUAUCCAGCGUGGAAGGAAACUACCCAAAGACGUGAAUGCCAUGAGGCAAGGAUCAUUGUGGGCCAUCUUAUAGAUUCACUAAGUCCACAGCCAGGAAUUCUAAUUUCUUUUAAAAAGAUAAAAUAUGUUUGAAUAGGCAAUUUAUGGAAGAAAAACCCCAAAAGCUAAGGAGUAUUAAGAUAAACUUACCAGAGAGAUUUUAAAACAAGAUGCUUCUUUAUAUCUGUUUAGUUGGCAAACAUUUGGUUGGAUAAUGACAGGCAUUCAAAGACAUGCGAAGAUGCUGGAACCAACCCUGUGCACUGCUGGAGUGUAGACUGAUACAGCCAUUUUAGGAAAGAAUCUGGUAGUACUUCAUCAAAUUAAGAAUGUCUCACUCCUGAGUAUAAUCAAAGGAGUGGAUGCAGAAGACCUUAUAGGGAUGUAUUAGACAAACUCAGUUUUCUACCUGUUUCUCAUGUAGAAUACUUUACUUCUAGUUACCAAAUGUGUAAAGGUUUUUCCCCACACCAAGCAGUUUUCUGUGACACCAGUUGGGUGUCCUGCAAUUUAACUUCAUUCUCACUGCCUGGAGAUAGUAUCAGACCCACAGGUUAAGGGCUCAGUCGCACAAAACUGUGCCCACCCUACUUCAAAUCCCAAUAGCAAGUGAUAGGUCCCCAGGUUACAACUUACAUCUGAUUUGGUUACAAAAUUAAGCGUUCCCACGAUAUCCUCCUCAGAUUCGAUUAACUUGCUAGAAGGGUUCACAGAACUCAGAGAAACACUUAUGUUUACUGGUUUAUUAAAGGAUAUGAUAAAGGAUACAGAUGAACAGCCAGAUGAAGAGAUACAUAGGGCAAGGUCUGGGAGGGUCCUGAGCACAGGAGCUUUUGUCUUUGUGGAGUUGGGGUGUCUCACCCAGUGUGAAUGUGUUCGGCUGACUCGAAGCUCUCUGAACCCUUUACUACUGAGAUUUUGUGAACACUUGCUCACAUACGCAUGAUCAAUCUACUCUAUUUCUAGUCCCUCUCCCUUCUCUGGAGGAUGAGGUGCGGUAUUGAAAAACCAUGAGAGACUAUGGACCCUUGAGAAACAAACUCAGGGUUCUAGAGGGGAGGGGUGUGGGAGGAUGGGUUAGCCUGGUGAUGGGUAUUAAAGAGGGCACGUAUUGAAUGGAGCACUGGGUGUUAUACGCAAACAAUGAAUCGUGGAACACUACAUCAAAAACUAAUGAUGUAAUGUAUGGUGAUUAACAUAACCUAACAAAAUAAAAAGAAGAAAAUCCCAAACUUCUAAUCAUGGCUUGGUAUUUCUGGUGACCAGCAGCCAACCAAGAACCCACCCAGAAUCACCUCAGUAGAACAAAAGAUGCUCUUAGUGUUCUUUUUAGGAAUUUCUAAGAGUUUUAGGAUCCCGGUGUCAAGAACUGAGGGCAAGGACCAAUCUAUAUAUUAUUAUUAUUUUAUAGGGAACAGUUGGGAGGAUGCCUUUGCUAUAUUGUUUGUGGUAACAGGAGUUGGAAGCGAUCUGGCCAUUUUCAUUGUUGGGUUACAAGAUGCUAUACAGCAAUUAGAUAAACAUGACACAACAUGGAUCUUAAAUACAGUUCUGAAUAAAAAAAAUGGGUCUGUUACUCCUUUUGCAGUUUCUGUUUUCCAUUUUUAUUUGGCUACCUGUUAGACAUUACAAACAUGUCUAAACCAAAACUCCCAGUUCUAUAUCCACUACCAAACACCCAACUACCACAACUGAGCUGCUGACAAUAAAAACCCAUUAUCUUCUUCCGAUCUUCUAUCUCAGUUAAUGUCAUUACUACCAAUCCAGUUGCUAAGCGAAAAACCCUAGGAAUCAUCUUUGCUUCCUCUUUCUGUCAACCCCUACAUUAGUAACACAUAUCAUGUCUCAGUAACAGGUCCUGUCCUCUCUACCUCCACAAUGCAUCCUGGUGCCUGGGAUUCUGCACAUUGAACCAGCAACUCACAUGAUUCUAAUGCAGGAGAUUCAUGGAUCACACUUUGAGAAGCCCUAAGAAACACUUUGUCCUCCUCUUAAUUGAGUAAACUCUUCCUUUUUGAAUAAUUUUAGGGCUUGAGAGGGAAAAAUUAGAAGAUACUUAUUUGGGCUUUUUAGAAUAAAAGUCGUUUUCUUGAUUCCAUUAUUAAUCAGUGAAUCAGCAGGUCUCAAAUGAUAAAACCUUUCCAGAUUUAUCUCCAGUACAGUUGAACAGGGAGUUUAGUAAACAGGAGAUAGCUAAGAACUGGGCUCUAGAGUUAGUAUUUAAUUCCCAGUUCCCUUACUUUAGUUGUGUAAACUUAGUCGGUUUGCUUGCCUUUAAACCUCCAGGUUCCUCACCUAUAAGAAUUGCAUUUUCUAGCCAUAGAGUUAUUAAGGGGAUUGAAUAAGAUAGUACAUGUAAAGCACUUAGCACAGUGCUUGACCUUUAAUGCUGCUGCUAGUAUGAUGAUAAUGAUCACUAUUGCUACCACUCUAGAACUAGUUUUGAGGUGACAAGUAUCACAUACAUCCGGCAGAGGGCAGUAGAAUAGCACAAGAUUUAAGUACUUAAGCAUACUGGAGAUGCCAGUUACUGAAAAUCACUUCUCCCUCUCCUGAUAUUUUUUGUUGUAAUGGAGGAAGGAAAUGGAUGAUGUUGGUGAACCUCCAAUAUGUGAGAUUCUCAUCCCUCCAUUUACUGAAGAACAGUGAUACACCCAGUUUAUUUUGGUUAUUAACCCCUUAUCAACCAUGUGGUUUACAAAUAUUUAGAUUUUGUUUUUGUAAUUAUUUGCAGUUUCAAUCUCCUAACACCUCUCUUGUCCUUCAUAUUAAAAUGAGGGAAAUGGACUAAAAUUGUUUUUGUCUUAUCAAGGUAUAAUUGAUCAAAUGAUGUAUUUAAAGCAUACAAAGUGGAGGCGCCUGGGUGGCUUAGUCAGUUGAGUGUUCAACUCUUGAUUUCGGCUCAGGUCACUAUCUCUGGAUUGUGGGAGCAGGCUGCAUCUGGCUCUGUGCUCACAGCAAUCUGCUUGGGAUUCUCUCCUCUCCCUCUGCCCCUCCCCUUGCUCAUGUGCUUGCUCGCACUCUCUUAUUAAAUAAAUAAAAUCUUUUUAAAAAAUGUAUACAAAGUGAUGAUUUGAUAUAUAAAUAAAUGGUUAAUGGAUUCUCACAACACAUCCAUCGCCUCACAUAUUUCCCUUUGUGGGAGGUGAUGAAAACAUUUAAAAUCUACUCUCUUACCUAAAUUUCAAUUAUACAAUAAAGUAUUAACAACUAUAGUCACCAUACAUUAGAUAUUGAUACAUUAUUCAUCUUAUAACUGAAAGUUAAUACACCUAUUCACCAACCUCUCCCUAUUUGCCCCACCCCCUGGCAACCACCAAUCUACUCUCAUUCUAGGAGUUUGAUUUUUUUUUUUAAAGAUUCUACAUAUAAGUGAUAAUGUGUGUUAUUUGUCUUCUAUCUGGCUUAUUUCACUUGGUGAAGUGCCCUCCAGAGUCAUCCAUGUUGUUCCAAAUGACAAGAUUUCCUUCUUUUUGAAGGCGGAAUAAUAUUGUGUGUGUGUGUGUCUUACAUUUUCUUCAUCCGCUCAUCCGUCAAAGGACAGGUUGUUUCAAUACCUUGGCUAUCAUAAAUAAUGCUGCAAUGACCAUGAGAGUACAGACAUCUUCUUGAGAUAAUGAUUUUGUUUCCUUUAGAAUAUACCCAGAAAUGAGAUAUAUGGAUCAUAUCGUAGUUCUGUUUUUGAUUUCUUGAGGAACCUCCAUGCUGUUUUCUGUAGUACCUGUAUCAGUUUACAUUCCUACCAACAGUGCACAAGGUCCCUUAUCUCCACAUCCUCAUCAACAUUUGUUAUCUCUUUUUGAUAAUAACUGUGUAACAGAUGUAAGAUGAUAUUUUAUUAUGGUUUUGAUUUGCAUUUCCCUAAUGAUUAGUGAUGUUGAGCAUCUUUUCAUGUACCUGCUAGCCACUUGGAGGUCUUAUUUGAAAAAAAAAUGUCUUUGUUU